AUGGACAUAGUUGGUGGAUCAUCAGCAGCAAGUCCAUGCUCAUCUUACCAUCCAAGUCCAUGUGCUCAUACAAUCCAAGCCCCCGACUCAUCUUCCUUCCCAAGCCCAUCCUCAUCCCCUUACACCAACAUUCAGCUCUGCUCCAAGCCCUGCUCGCCAGAAGAUGGUUUGGCAAGCAGUGGUUUGCAAAUGUGGACACCGGCUCAUAGUGGAACAUGCUCUCCUACUGUUGCACCAGGAACCGAUCACAAUGCUGACAUUCCAAGCUCUAAAGUUGUUUCAGAUGAAUUUGCAUUUGGAAGCAACAUGCUAUAG